CCAUCAGAAACACACAAGUGACCACAGAUGUGCCACUACGGGUACAGGCGGCAGUAGAAGGAGUCUUCAUGGCGGUCAGCCCAUCGGCCCAAGUCAGUGAGUUGAGUGGUCACCUGUGGCCAGCUGUCCACUUCAUGGGUCUGCUGCGGUUGGUGUCUUGCAGGACUCACAAAGAUGGAGAGUGUCCUCGCCUACCAGAGCUCCGAGGUGGACUGGUGUGAAGACAACUUCCAGUUUUCUGAGGAAGUGGCCGAAUUCUACAACACGGUCAGCAGUGCCAGCUUCUUCAUCUUUGCCCCCAUCAUGAUGUACCUGCUGCACCCGUAUGCCAAGGAGAGGACCCACGCCGUGCACCUGGUGUGGCUCAUGAUGAUGAUCGUUGGGGUCUUCUCUGCCUACUACCACAUGACCCUCAGCUACAUGGGGCAGCUGCUGGACGAGCUGUCCAUCCUCUGGGUCCUGGCCAUCGGCUACACCCUCUGGUUUCCACGCCACCGGUUUCCAUUCUUCAUCAAGGACAGGUGUACCUUUGCUGGGCUCGUCUUCUUCACGGCCACCCUGAGCACCGUCUUCUCCUUCGCUAAGCCCACCGUCAAUGCCUACGCGCUCAACUCCAUCACGCUGCACAUCUUGUACGUCCUCUGCCAGGAAAUGAAAAGCUGCACAGACCCUCAGAUUCAGCGACUCGCCUUCACCACCGUCGCCUGGUGGGCUUUGGCCAUCUCCUGCUGGCUCAGCGACCGCCUGCUUUGUGGCUUCUGGAGGAGAAUCAACUUCUGCUACCUGCACAGCUUCUGGCACAUCCUCAUCUCAGUGGCAUCAGCCCAUGGUUGCACUCUCUUUGCCUACUUUGAUGCCCAGUAUGAAAUUCCUUUUGCCAGACCAGAGGUUCAUUAUUGGCCGGGAGACAAGUGGAAGGUGGCACUUCCAUAUUUAUCAGUGAACUACAAGACCAGGCUGCAGAAACAGUGCUGAAGGGAAUGGUGGAUGGCAGAGACUCCGGUGCCCACUGUGAACGACAACUCAGUUUAACUGAGAGGGUAACAUCACGCGCCGAGUGUCACAUCAAGUGUCCGUACCGCUUUUGAAAGAACCGAUUUGGGCCGAACCCGCCCCAUGAGUCCCAUGACUGCCAGUAGGGGGCGCAGUGCUCCUGCCUCACAGCCGCAGAGCCCUGUGUUGGAAUCUUCACCUUAACCCAGCUGCGUUCAGCUCCCACAAUCCCACCAGCUACCCCCAAAAGUGGGCACCUUAGUUUAACUGGCAUCAACAACGGAGAUAACAGAUGAGAGCAGGGUCCCCAAAGUCCUCGCACCUGUCAUCCCACUGGCGCCGAUGACGGCCUACACACAGAAUGACAUACUGUAACUGGGGCAGAAGAUGGAGGGACGGACUCACUCAAGGCGGCAGAUGAGAUGUCGUCCAAUGUCACCCCACUGGCGUCUCCAUCGGGGUCUCGACCGCCUCAACAGAAGGUUGGCAUUUCCAGAUCGGCCCGAAUACUCUCAGUCCACACAGGAAGCUGCCCGCUGCUAACACGUGUGUGUGGCGUGGUGCCCGUCUCCGGCCACAGGGGGCGCUCUUCUGCAGAUGUCACCCGUUGUUGAGUGGACGUUUUCUAAUUUGUGAUCAAAGCUCAUUUCAGCCACUGAAUAAUAAAUGUGAUUUUUACAGAA